ACAUAAUUUGUGGUAAUAAUCACAUAAUCAAAGUGAAUCACUGUCAGAGCAAAUAUUUACACCUACAGUACACAGUGGCUGAAAAUCCACAAUGACAGACAGACAGACAGACAGAUAGACAGACAGAUAGACAGACAGAUAGAUAGACAGACAGAUAGACAGAUAGACAGAUAGAUAGAUAGAUAGAUAGAUAGAUAGAUAGAUAGAUAGAUAGAUAACUUUUCAGUGUAAUGGUAUUUCAGAGAGUGGUUCCCGUUGCCAUGUGAACAACACAGCUCAUAAACAUGUGACAUGAAGCAUGAAAACACUGUGUCUGGUGUUUCUACAUGUGGCUCUGCAUCUGUGGGUCUCAGAAUAAGUGAGUCUGUUAUUGGAAGUGCAGAUGAAGGACAAACUAUUCAUAGAUUACUCGGCAUCUCUUUCAAUGAAUGUAGAUUUCUAAGAGUCAUUGAGAUGCAAGAAAUUCACUGUACAUCGAUCUCCCAUCCUGCCGGAACCCUCAUGAGUAUCACACACUUCUAUUCACGUCCUUAGAGUUGUAUUUUUACAGCUCUCAUGUGUAAUGUGAAAUGUCAAAAGUAUGGAAAUUCCUUCAGAUAUUCACAGCAUUCUGCAUGGAAACAUUUUUCCUUUUUUUUAAAUUAAAAAUGCCAAAUGGUGAAAAAUGUUUCUUGUCCUGCUAAUCAAUUCAAAACAGCAUCACUGGAUAUUAAUAUAGGUCAUUUAACAUUAAGCCAGCCUUUGAUUUGAUUGGCCAUCUCAAUCAUUUUUACAUCAAUGAAUGUUGCUAGACUUUUGAAGCAGACCAGAUAAAAAUAUUUUUUUUAAAAAGUAACUUUUUGUCGGCCCAACAAGAAAAAGCAACAUCAAUCUGGCCUUUCCUUAAAGGUGCUGUAUGUACGUUUUUGACUCUACUUAAGCAUAAAAAUACCAUAAUAUGUUUGCAGAUAUGUAAGAAACAUCCUAAGUUAACAUGUUUGUUUAUCUGAAAAACAAUGCUAUAGUCAGUUAUUCUCCUUUGAAAAUGUGCAUUCCUUGUCAGAAGGUCUGUCUCUGUUUUGGUCUGUUUAACCCGCCCAUUGCCAGUUUACCCAAUUGUAUUUCGGCACUCCGGGUUGCCAGUUGGCAGAAAACACAGCGCAUUUCAUUUCAGUCAUGGAAGCUGCCAAGUAAGGUGUGCUCGUUCCUGUUCCAAUCUGGCAACCUGCAUGUGGGUCAAAUCUAAGGAGGAGGGGCCGGGUGGAAAAAAAACCCCUCUCCAAUAUUUUGAAUUUGGACUGCAAUACCUAGUUCAACCAGUAGGUGUAAAUUCUACAUACAGCACCUUUAAUCUCUAUGGUGGACACAGCUCUUCAGGUUUGAAAGAAAAGAUUCACAAAGUUUUAAAAGCACCCAUCACUUGUUAUUCUGUGGUCAGAAAGUCUUGUGAUCAGUGAGGACGAUGAAAGGAUGUUGUGCACCCUCCAACCAAUGCCUCCAUUCCUCAAGAGCCAGCUUGAUAGCGAGGUGUUCCCUGUUGCUGAUGUCAUAGUUUGGCACAUGGAUGGAGUUUGGCUGGAGUCCCCUGCUGCUGAGACAACACUGCUCCUACCCUGGUGGUGGAGGUGUCCACUUCCAUGACGAAGGGUUUGUUGGAGUCUGGGUGGAUGAGGAGUGGUGCACUGGCCUUUUUGAGUAGUUGGAAUUAUUCUGUGGUAGCUGGUGACCAGGACAGAGAUUUGGGCUUGUUCUUCAACAGACUGGUGAUGGAGCUGUAGUUGUGGAUGAAUCAUCUGUAGAAGUUUGAGAAUCUCAGGAAGCACUGAAGUUCCUUAAUGGUGGUAGGAAUGGACCAGUUUUUAAUGGCUUCCACCUUCCCCUCGUCCAUUUGGAUGCCACCGCUACUGAUGUUGUAUCCAAGGAACUGCACUGAGAAUAGAUGGAAGGAGCAUUUCUCGGCUUUGAGGAAAAGAUGGAAUUCUCUCAGGUGUUUCAUGACCUCCGUGACGUGGUGGCGAUGUUCUGCCAUGCUCCGGGAGAUGAGAAUAUCAAUAUAGAUAAGGACAAUCCGAUGGAGAUACUCCUGGAGAAGUGGAGAAGUCCUGGAAUACAGAGGGGGGUGUUGAUUAGGCCAUACGGCAUCACCAGAUAUUCAUAGUGGCCAGUAGGGUUAAUGAAAUCUGUCUUCCACUCGUCUCCCUCACAUAUCCGGAUGAGGUUGUAGGCACUGCGGAGGUCCAACUUGGUGAAAACGGUGGCUCCACGGAGAUGUUCAAGUGCCGCUGGAAUGAGGAGAAGUGAAUAACGGAACUUCACAGUUAUCUUGUUGAGUGCCUGGUUGUCUAUACAAGGCCGCAAGCCUCCAUCCUUCUUGGCUACGAAGAAGAAAUUCGAAGCAGCAGGGGACGUUGAAGGGCGGAUGUAGCCUUGUUGUAAAGCCUCUUCAAUAUACUCCUCCAUGGCCUUCUGUUUAGAGAGUGAGAGUAGUUAAAUCUUUCCACGGGGCACUGGCUCACCCGGAAUCAGAUCAAUGGCACAGUCCCAUGGCCGAUGUGGAGGCAGCUGUAAGGCUUUCUUUGGGCAAAAGACGUCACUGAAGCAACUGACUUUCUCUACUGGACUUUCAAUGGACAUGGAGUUGAUGGUGAGGGUCUCUGAAUGGUGCGAUGAUGGAUGAGGAGUUUGAGGAAAACAGUCAGGAAAACAUCUACUGCCCCACUUCAGGACCUCACCCGUCUUCCAGGAGAUGAUGGGUUUAUGCUGCACAAACCACGGGCGCCCAAAAGUCACAUCAGUGGUGGAAUCUUCCAGAACCAGGAGGUGGAGAGUUUCCUCAUGCAGCUGGCCGACUUGUAAAUGGAGAGGACCAGCACUGCAUCAAAUGUGUCUUCGGCUAAGUGGUUUUCCGGUCACCGACUGAACCUUAUAGAUGGUUUUGGUGGCUGUGGUCGGGAGGUUGAGCUGGUGGCAGAGGCUCCUGGAGAUGAAAUUCCUGGCUUACCCGGAAUCGAGGAGGGCAUGUUCUGGAAUGGAAACAUCGGAGGCAGUAAGCAUAACUAUAGUGGUGAGGGGCUGCAUAUUAACAAUGGAUGGCUUAAUGACACUCACCAUGGGUCGUGGAAGACGAAUUGGGCAUGCGGAGAUUAAAUGCUCAUCAGCACUGCAGUAGAAACACAAGCCCUGGGUCAGCCACCUCUGCCACUCAGCGUAAUUCAAUCAGGUAGCGUCCACUUACAUGGGUUCGUGGCCUGGUUCUGGAGUGCUGAUGUUCUCUGGCCGAUGGAGGAAUGGAGUGGAUGGUUGACCCUGGUGUUCCUCAAGACAAAACUGUAUAUGAUUGGCACAUCUGAUGGAAAGUUGAAUGAAACGUUCUAAGCCGAUGGUAUCAUCAUAUGCAGCGAUAUGCAGCCACACUCUCAGCUCCAAUCCCUGCCGAUAGAUGGUGAGGAGCGAGCGCUCAUUCCAUCAGCUGGCAGCAGCGAGGGUCCUGAACUUGAGAGCAUAAUCAUUAACAGACAUUGAACCUUGACAGAGAUGGCACAGUUGGUCACUGACAGAGGAAUCACCCGCUGGUCUGCCAAAAACUUCACGGAAGUGUUUGAAGAAAUUAUUAAGUGAUUGUGUUACAGUACCGUAUUGCGACCAGAUGGUUUCGGCCCAUUGGAACGCUCGCCCCAACAGCAGGGAUAUGAUGAAGGCAAUCUUAGCUCUGUCCAGUGUGUAGAGAUGCGGCUGCAUCUCUAGGACCAACGAGCACUGCAGUAGAAAUCUGUUGCACUCCUCUGCCACACCAGAGAAGGGCGCUGGUUGGGCCAUGGGACUGGCAACCACUGUCGAUGAAGAAGCAGUGGUGGUGGUGACGGAAGUAAACGGAAGUGUCGUUUUAGUGGUGGAGGUGAGGAUUCGCCAAAGGUAGUCCACGAUCUUCUGGAACGGAUCGGGUGCACUCAUGUUGCCAUAAUCCUGUCUGCAGUCUGGUCUUCUGUUACGGAAGGAGACUCACACAGAGGAUUAGAAUGACACAGAUGACUUUUAUUGAAGGCAACAGAGGCAAUGGGCGAAAUGGCAGGAGAUCGCGGAUGAGACGGAUGGAGGACAGAAGACAGCAUACACCUAUAACAGCAUACACAGUAUAACAGUUCAGGGUAAUAUCCACAUGGAAACUUGGGAGGAAACACACGCUGGAGAGGAACAAUGGAGAAGGCACAGAAGGUUAGAUGCCAACAGGCUGACAAAAGAUGGCAUUUCUGAAGGGUGAGAUUACCUUUGUCUUCUCCCUGUGGGCUUCCCUCCUUUAUGUAGCACUAAUGUCCCUUCCACUGGGGGCAGAGGCACCAAAAAGAAGCCAGUACAUCUGGAAAACAGGUGUAUGGGGUGUAUGUGUGGCCAAUGAUUGCGGUUCGGUUGGGCUCCAGAGUCGCUCGGUGUGGUGUGUCCAUUCUGAAGGCUGGAGCACACAUCAGUCCAAUUGCUUUCCAUCUGAUCGCCCAGCGCACCAGAGAGUGUGUGUGAAGAUGUGUGAGUGGCAAAAGGAUCUGUUUGAGUGGCGCUUGUCUCCUUGGGGCCCCUGCACCCCGAGUCCUCUCCUCCCAGCCAGUCGAUGUGUGACCGCUCAGCGUGGAGUGCAAAGCCGAGAUGUGGUGUGUGUGAAGCGUACCAAUGACACCACGGUGAGCCAGCAUGUGUGUGAAGCAUUUUCUGCAGUGCCGGAACGAGAACAGGCGUGUUUGUUACCCUGCCCAAUCGACUGCGUCGUCUCCGCCUUCACCCACUGGUCCACCUGCAGUCGCACCUGCGGGUCGGCCCUCCAGCAGCGCACCAGACACGUGCUGGCAGCACCCCUGUAUGGAGGAGCAGACUGUCCCAGCUUCACCCAGACACGUCCCUGUAACUAUGAGAAAGCCCACCCUGCCCUUUGUCCCUCCGACCAACAGGAAUAUAGUUACAGUUUGUGGGUGGGGCCCUGGAGCCCUUGCAGACUUAAAGGGACAGCGCCUGUUGGAAAGACGACAGUAGACUUUGGUUUUGGGCUUGAUGGGAAAAAAACAGUCAAAGCUUCGUACACCAUCAAACGCCACGCUGAGAUUAAUUACCAUCAAAAUCAUUAUGAUGAAAGAGGCCACAAAGUAUCCUGGGAAAUCACCAUUGGCUAUCAGACUCGGCAACUGCGCUGUAUGAGGAGUGAUGGGAAAAACGCCAUGCUAAGCCUUUGCGACCAUGACAACAGCCCAGUGAACUUUCGUUCAUGCAUGAUGCCCAGAGACUGUAAAGUGUCUGAUUGGUCACAGUGGAGUCCGUGUUCAAAGACGUGUCGGACAUCUGACCAAUCCCCUGGCUUCAGAAUCAGGAGCCGCAGCCUAGAGAGAGCAGCCAUUGGUGGAGGAGAGCCAUGCCCCUCCCUGGAGGAAAAAGCAAACUGUAAUGUUUUAGAAGACACUCUGCCACUGUGCCCAAGGUAUGAGUGGAGGGUGACCGAUUGGAGACCAUGCCAGGUGACCCCACUUUUGAGUCAGCAGGACCAUCGCCAUAACAAUACCAGCAUCCUGUGUGGACGUGGGAUCCGGACCCGAGAGGCAUAUUGUGUUAGGAUCCAUGACAACACAGUUCCAUCCCAUAUGAAUCGGCCUGUUGGCAGGAACUUGUGCACUGGGCCUUUACCGCUAUUGGCUGAGCCUUGCUUCAUUCCCUGUCAGAAACAUUGUCCCCUCACGCCUUGGUCACCCUGGGGACCCUGUCUCCAUGACAACUGUUCGGAACUUCAAGGGAGAAGAGGUUUCAGGGUGAGAACUCGUUCUGUAAUUAAGGAGUCUUCUGUGGUGUCCGAAAGUUGCCCUCAUGUCAGCGAAGCGAUGACCUGCGAUGACCCCGUCUGCUUACAGUGGCGAGUGACAUCACAGGGGCCCUGUGUUCCACUAAAUGGAUCGUGUGGCCCAGGAUUCCAAGAACAGACUCCGGAGUGUUUGUCUGCCACAGGUGAUCCAGUCCCUAAUGAUCAGUGUCCAGGAGAUCCUCCUCCAGUCCGGCUGCCAUGUGAGAUGCCCUGUCCUGGGGACUGUGUACUGGGACAGUGGAGCCCCUGGACUUCCUGUUCCCAGUCCUGCUCCAGUAAACACCAAGAGGGAAAACAAAGUCGCUCACGUCUUGUUCUGGCUCUUCCUGGAAAGUAUGGAAAGCCAUGUCCUCCGGCCCCUGAGCUGGAGCAGUGGAGACCCUGCGGCACACACUCAUGCACAGUAUACUACUGGGAUACUUCACCUUGGGAUCCCUGUAUUCCAAACACCAUCACAGAAGAGAGUAAAGGUAACAGCACAACUCCACAGAUGGAGAAUGAUGCCACCUGCGGUACAGGGGUACAGAUGCGCCAAGUCACGUGCAGGAGAGCUGGGAAUGGACAUGUGCUGCCAAAACGGUGUCCUGAAUCCUCUCGUCCUGACUCGAUCCAGUCGUGUCCUUUACCUUGCCAAAUUCACUGCAUCGUCACACCUUUUAGCGAAUGGAGUGCCUGUCCCACUUCCUGUUUAUCAGUGAAUGCUAAUGCACCAACCCAGUCCCGUCACAGGAUCAUCAUCCAGAGACCUGCUAAUGGAGGUCAAGAGUGCCCCGACACUCUUUAUGAGGAGAGAGAAUGUGAUCCACCCCCUCUGUGCCCAACUUACAGAUGGCAGACCCAUCGCUGGCAUCAGUGCAUUCUGGUACCUGAUUCGGUGAGGCAGGCUGUGGGUGGCCCUGCAGAGGCAUGUGGUAUUGGUCUAGAGACAAGAGAGGUAACAUGUGUUGGUGCGGAUGAUUCUCCAGCAGAUAUGACAGACUGUGUGAGGUGGGCUGGACUGAUGCCCGUCCCAGUGAGGGAAUGUCGUGUGCCCUGCAGAGAUGAAUGUAGCUUCACGUCCUGGAGCAGAUUCAGCCAAUGUCAAGGCUGUGCAAGUUGGCGCACUCGUUCCCGAUCUCUGAUAGGUCGCAGUAAGAAGCGCUGGAGAUGCCAACAGGAGGAGUCGUUUCCUCUGCUGGAGAAAGAAGCCUGUCCUUGUUCUGAAUUUCAUACCCAGCCUCAGGGUCCCUGGUCUCCUUGUUUGCUCUCACCAGCAAAGAACAUUGCUGGCCAUCCUUUCAUCCAAGGAGUUUCCCACCAAAGCCAAAAGGCAGUCCAGGGCUGGCGAGCUCAGAGGAAGAACAGCGAGUGUGGGCACGGAAAGCGUUUCAGAGCUCUUGCCUGUCUGGAUCACAUGGGACGAUUGGUGGAGCCAGCUCUCUGCAGCAGCCCUGGAUUUGAAGAGGAAUCGUGUCAUGUACCCUGUUCUACGGACUGUAAGCUGAGUGAGUGGUCGAAUUGGUCUUCCUGCAGCGCCUCCUGUGGUGGGGGUGUGAAGGUUCGCUCUCAGUGGCUACGAGAGAAGCCUUUCAAUGGAGGUCGACCCUGCCCAAAACUUAAUUACAAAAAUCAGGUGUCUGAGGUACUGCCCUGUUACUCUGACUGCAGUCAGUAUGUGUGGGAAGUGGAGUCCUGGUCCAUGUGUGUCCUAAAUCCACCAAACAACCUCACGAACGCUGAACCGUCCCAGCCUGUGUGCGGAGAGGGCUUCCGGACCGGCACAAUCCGCUGCUUGAAAAGCGGAGGAGAAAACCAGGAUGAGGUUGUGGAUGACUCACUGUGUGACCAGGAGGAAAAGCCAAUCACAGUCGAGACCUGUCUGCUGCCUUGCCCCGCCCACUGUGUGACAUCAGAGUGGAGCCAGUGGACCAAAUGUACCGUGGAUUGUAAUGAGGGUGAUUUGAGGUGGAGGAGUAGAAGUGUCUUGAGGUGGCCAGAAGGAGAUCAUACCUGCCCUGAUCUAAACCAGACUCAAGCCUGUAUCAAUACGACCUGUCUCAAAUACUCCUAUGUUUACUCAGACUGGAGCAGCUGUCAGCUCAGUGAAAAUGCAGUAUGCGGCCGUGGGAUUAAGACCAGACUCCUGAACUGUGUCCGUAGUGACGGGAAGCUGGUGGAACUGAGCAUGUGCAAAGAGUUGGGUCCUUCACGUGGAAAGCUCUCUGCCCCCUGUGAAGUGGGCUGCCCUGUUAAUUGUCUGAUUACAGAGUGGUCCACCUGGUCAGAAUGUUCACACACCUGUGGAAGCCAAAGUCAAAUGACACGAUCCAGGGUCGUUUUGCAGCCUGCCAGUGAAGGAGGUCGUCCCUGUCCAUCUCAGCUCUCCCAAACUCGCCCCUGUCCCAUCAGGCCGUGCUACAGCUGGAUACUGGGGGACUGGAGACCAUGCAGGGUGGAGGGGGCCGACUGUGGCGAGGGAGCAAGUCGGAGGGAAAUAUCCUGUGUAGUGCACUGGGGGUCUCUUUCAGGUCCUCCUCAGCCCGUUCCAGCAGAGGAUAAAAUGUGUGUGGGAAAUUCACAGAGCAAAGUCAGCGAGAUUGAGUUACUGCAGCCCUGCACAAUUCCUUGUCCAGGAGAAUGUCACCUAACCAAAUGGUCACCAUGGAGUUCGUGUCAGCUGCUGUGUUUGGAUGGGCGGAGUUUUGAGACGUGGGGUCAACAGGCUCGUUCUAGAGCUGUAGUCACGCAGGUCCCGGAGAACCAGGACACCUGUCCCAGACAGAUGUAUGAGACACGGCCAUGCCGAGGAGGAACAUGUCUUAGUUAUGAAUGGAUGACCGGUGAAUGGAGGCAUAACCGUAGACUGGUGUGGUGCCAGCGCUCUGAUGGCGUCAACGUCACAGGAGGCUGCAUUGCUCAGAACCAGCCCUCUGCCAUACGACAGUGUCACCCUCCAUGCACCAAACCCUUCUCCUUCUGCACACAGAAUGGAGUCUGUGGUUGUGAGAAGGGCUUCACAGAGGUCAUGACCUCUCACGGGUUCCUUGACUACUGUACCAGAACACCAGGGCUGGACCAUAAGAAGGCAGAUGUGAAGACCACCGCAGGCCAUCUGAGACCAGAGCACGCCCGGAACAAGAACCACAUUAAGGACUGGGCGCUGCAGCCUCUUGGACCAGAUGGCCGUGUCAAGUUGUGGGUAUAUGGGCUGAUGGCGGCCGGGUUUGUCGUGAUCCUCCUCCUCAUCAUAAUGUCCUUCCUCCUGUGUAAAAACCCGGAGGACAGUCCCAGCAGCAGUCCACAGAAGGCACUGGCUCUGGCGUAUGAUGGGGACGUGGAUAUGUGAGCCCACCAUGAGUAUGCAAUGCUGAAACACGCUCAAAACACACGUCUGGCAUCCUUCAGACCACGACAUAAACGUUUACAGCAGCAAAUAAGCUGAGCACAACAAUGAGCCAGACCACAGACAGUGCUGACUGGAUGUUUAAACAGCACUAAGACUAAAAGCGAGGCUGUCUGGAGAACUUGAGAGAGCUGAGGAACUGCACAGAGGAAAAUGUCAUACAGCCAAAACAGAAUGUGGCAUCAUGUCUACAGUACCAUAGCGUGAGUGUGUGUAUGUAUGUCUGUCUGUUUGUGUGUGUGUGUGUGUGUGUGUGUGUGUGUUCGUUUAUGAGAGUGCCCAUUAUGAGGAAACAGUUUUGUUCGUGUUAAAGGAAUUGUUCACUCAAAGGAUUUUUUUCGUUCCAAAUCUGUAUGACUUUCUAUCUUCUGUGAAACACAAAGAGAAGUUUUUUGUUUCUUUUAAUAGAGCCAGUUGUAUAAACUUUUAUGAUGCUUUUGUGUCCUUUUUGAAGUCAACAUUCAGUGUAAAUGCAUGAAAAAGAGCAACCAGAACACCCUAAUAAACAUUUAAUUAAAAAACUUUUAUGUUCCGCAGAAGGAAGUAAGUCAUAUAAUUUUGAAAUUACAUGAGAUGGAGACAAUAACAGUAUUUUUUAUUUUCUUAUUUAUUAUUUAAUUUCUUAUUUUUGGGUGAACUAUUCCUUUAAUAAUCCCAAAAAGGGAUGUUUUCUAAUGCACUACAUUAGUGCCAUCUUAAGUGCCAUAUAUAUCCAUGUAUGUUUUAAAACCUACAUAGCCUUUCAGAUAGCCUCCCUAUUAGGUGUAAAACAAUUCUUUUGAAUUCAGCCUGAUCAGCUGCAUUUAAAUGCUUUGUUAUCCUUGUGACGUGUUCUUUUGUAAUGUGUACGCUGUGAAUAUUUUCUA